CAUAGACACACUGUUGCUUUUAUCGAUUCUGCCCUCGCCUCUUUUCUACCAAACACAACACAACCGCAAGAAAAUUUGAGCCUCGAUCUAUAACAACGGUGUGAUCUUCAUAACCCCACAAGCCUACCAACAGGAAAAUAGUCUCCUACGAAACGCUGGCGGAAAUCAGCUCUUCUCACCGACCAACAGGCUCCCACAAGCCUGUUGGCGUCCUGCCACAACUAACUCGACCACCAUAGAAUAAAGAAGUGUUUGCUUUUCAAUCCCAAGACCCUUGAUUUCAGCAUCCCAGGAAGCAGCGCAGCAUUCCCUUGAGAUCUUUCCCCAAUACCGUUCCUUUCCAACACAACCCGGAGUUGGCCAAAAUGCAACGAGCAUUCAAGAUCCUUCGCGCUCCAGGCGCAAGACAAGAAAUCGAGGGCGCUGCACCCACGCAAGUGGUGCCUAGCUCAGUGUCAGGUGACAAAGAGAAGAAUGUUGAGGACUCGGUCGAGAAUGUCAAUACAUAUAAGGUUUUGGCGAAGCCGAGGCUUCUGGAUCGCUGGCUCGAUAAGGUUGUGGAAGUCUCUGGUUCCGAGUUCGUCUACUUCACAAUUAUUGUCGCCCUCCUUGUAUGGGCAUUCCUUGGAAUCCCAUUUGGCCGGUCCAAUACUUGGCAGGUCAUCAUCUCCGAUGCUCAAGCCAUUGUCAAUAUGGUCUUUGAUGCCUUUCUUAUGCGCCAGCAACUGAACUCACACGACUCUCUGGUCGCUGUCGCCGCCUGCCUAAGAUCCCGCAGCACUAGCAACAAGAGGAUGCUUAAGCAACUAAUUGGAAGUGGAAAGUACGAGAAAGUCGAGCCGACACAAUUUCAAGAGUUACAGCAGACAACUUUCGCCUCCGAACUCCCAGCAGAGAAUUGGUUGGGUCGACUCUCCACCGCACUGUCCGCCUUCAUAGGCCAUACCGCUACAGUAUUCGGAUUCUGGGUCUGCAUCUUCAUCUGGAUUGGAUUUGGCAAAUACUGCAACUGGUCUAACACUUGGCAACUGUAUAUCAAUUCGGCUACGUCGGCAUUAAUGGUCUUCAUCCUGGCAUUCCUGGCAAACAUUCGCGAACGUCACACUAAGUACAUGACAAAAUGCUUGGAAUUGAUCUGGGAGGUCGAUUCUGCUCUCGAGCUUAGACUACGCACUGCCACGGGCGAUACAAUGGAGAACGCACCUGUUCUCAUCCCCGUUCCUAAGCGAGGCAGGAUCCAGCGUGGAAUCGACUAUUACGCAGAUCUUGUUGGUACACUUGUUGGCACCGCAAUCCUGAUCUUUGUGAUUAUAGUUUGGGUAGCAAUCGGUCCGGCACUUCACUUUGAUGCUAACUGGUGGCUCCUAAUUGGCACUUAUGCCGGAUUGAUCGGAUUAAAUGAUGGCUUCGUUCUUCGCAAUGUUUGCACGGUAUACGGAGACUUCGAUAAUGAACAGUUCACCCAGGUGGAAUAUGAGGACAUGGAUAUGCUUGCCGUGAUUGGUGUUGAAAAGCUUAAAGAAGAGCGGGUUGCAGACAAUUCUCUCACCUACCGGAUCUCUGUUCGAGUGGGUGAUAUCUGCUCUCAUGAGCUGAUGGUAGUCUUAGGGGCAAUCACCAUCAUUGGCUUGAUUAUUGGGGCUAGCGCCAUGGGUUGGAGCGUCACUGGACAGUUGCUUUGCAAUGUCCCUCCCAGCAUCAUCGAGUCAUUCUUCACCAUGAUCUUGAUUACUGGUCACAAUAUUGGAGAUGCUAAGAGACGUGUGGACCUGUAUAACAUCUACCUUAGACGAUCGAAGCUUGUUUCUUACGUCGAUAC